AACACAUCACUAACCUCGUGCUCUCCUUUCAUCGCCAUCAUUGCUUUGAAGCCGCAAGUGUAUUCUAUAAUUUUUUACCAAUACUUCAAACAUGUCAGCAGUGGAAGCAUUGAAUGUUGAGGCAGCCGCAACAGAAGUGGCUGGCGGCGACGACGCCAAGAAACAAAAAAAGCCAAAACCGAACAAUAAAAAACUGCGACAAGAAGCUGCAGCCAAAAAGAUCGCUGAGGGUGGCGAAUCAGAAGCUGCGACUAAUGGCGAAUCUGAGAAAAAGCCGCCAACUCAGGCGCCGGCAACCAAGAAGAAGAACAAGGGCAAAAAGUCUGGUCAAACGGAUCCACCUACUAUACCUAUAUCGGAGCUUUACCCCAAUGGCAAUUAUCCGGAGGGUCAGAUAAUGGAUCAUCCAAUACCCAAGGAUAUGGCCGACGAUCGCACCGCCAAGGAUCGGUUUACGUCCGAGGAGAAGCGUGCGUUAGAUCGUAUGAACAACGAUAUCUACAAUGAACUGCGCCAAGCUGCGGAAGCGCAUCGUCAGACACGCCAAUAUAUGCAAAAAUACAUUAAGCCCGGCAUGACCAUGAUCCAGAUAUGCGAAGAACUGGAGAAUACCGCGCGCCGAUUGAUUGGGGAAAAUGGCUUGGAGGCCGGCUUGGCCUUCCCCACCGGCUGCUCGCUUAAUCAUUGCGCUGCCCAUUACACGCCCAAUGCCGGCGACACUACCGUGCUUCAAUACGACGAUGUGUGCAAAAUCGAUUUUGGCACCCACAUCAAGGGCCGCAUCAUUGAUUGCGCCUUCACGUUGACCUUUAACAAUAAGUACGAUAAACUGCUGCAGGCGGUGAAGGAGGCAACCAAUACGGGCAUCAAGGAGGCGGGCAUUGAUGUGCGUCUAUGCGACAUCGGCACGGCCAUACAGGAGGUGAUGGAAUCAUACGAAAUCGAACUGGAUGGCAAGACUUAUCCGAUUAAGGCCAUUCGUAACUUAAACGGACACUCUAUUAGCCCGUACCGUAUUCAUGCUGGCAAGACCGUGCCCAUUGUCAAGGGCGGCGAGUCUACGCGCAUGGAAGAGGAUGAGUUCUAUGCCAUUGAAACGUUCGGCUCCACGGGUCGCGGAUUGGUCCACGAUGACAUGGACUGCUCGCAUUAUAUGAAGAACUUUGAUUUGCCAUUUGUGCCGCUGCGUUUGCAGUCUUCCAAACAGUUGUUGGGCACCAUAAACAAGCAUUUCGGAACGUUGGCCUUCUGCAAGCGCUGGCUUGAUCGCGCGGGCGCUACGAAAUACCAAAUGGCACUCAAGGAUCUGUGUGACAAGGGCAUCGUGGAGGCCUAUCCGCCGCUGUGCGACAUCAAGGGCUGCUACACGGCGCAGUACGAACAUACAAUUAUUUUGCGGCCCACCUGCAAGGAGGUUGUCUCUCGUGGUGACGAUUAUUAAAUUUGAUAUUUGAGUACACUCUGAAGCAGAAGCGCUUGC